AUGCUUUUCGCCAUAGAGGAAAUUAAUAACAGCACAGACCUACUGCCUGGCAUCUCUCUGGGCUAUAAGCUGUAUGAUGACUGUGUCUUCAUUGCCAGAGCUGUGAAGGUUGCACUGGCCUUGGCUAAUGGUAAUGAAGAUGUAUCUGCACCCUCUGAGAAACCAUGUACCAGACCUGCCCAAGUGCCGGCCAUUAUUGGGGGGACCUUUUCCUCUCCUUGCAUGGCUAUAUCUACUGUCAUUGGACCUUUUUAUAUCCCAGUGAUUGCCCAUAUUGCUACUUGUGCUUGUCUUAGUGAUAAAACCAAGUACCCGUCCUUCAUCAGAACAAUACCCAGUGACUACUACCAGAGCAGAGGCCUGGCCCAGUUAGUCAAGCACUUUAAUUGGACUUGGGUUGGAGCUAUUAGAAUGGAUAAUGAUUAUGGCAAUAAUGGCAUGGCCACAUUUACGGAAGUUGCCCAGCAGCUCGGCAUCUGUCUAGAGUACUCUGUGGCUUUCUAUAGAUCAGAUCCACCAGACGAAAUACAAAAAAUUGUUGAUAUAAUCAGAGCUUCCACUUCAAAGGUGAUUGUCACUUUCCUAUCUCCCACGGAGUUAUCUUUGCUCAUACAUCAGAUGUCUCACUACAACUUGACUGGGUACCAGUGGGUAGGCACUGAGGGCUGGAUAAUUGAUGCCUAUACUGCAGCCAUGGAUAGACAUCACAUUCUGGAUGGUGCUAUGGGCCUCUCAAUCCCCAAAGCACAUGUCAGUGGCAUGACAGAGUUCAUCUUGGAUGUGAAGCCACUCAAUUCAUCUAGUCAAGAACUGUUUACAGAGUUUUGGGAGAUUUUACAGCACAUAAGAAAGGUUCAUUUCAAAACAAAGGAAGGAGAUGAAGUUUACUUUGAUGAAAAUGGAGACCCAGUAGCAAAGUAUGAAAUUAUAAACUGGCAGCCAUCAGAAAAUGGCAUCAUGGACUUUGUCACAGUUGGUCUUUAUGAUGCAUCUUUACCUGCUGACAAACAAAUGGUGCCUGUGUCAGUUUGCAGUGAGAAAUGUCCCCCAGGAACUCGCAAGGUUCUGCAGAAAGGAAAGCCUGUCUGCUGCUAUGACUGUUUAAGAUGUGCAGAGGGAGAAAUAAGCAACAUUACAGAUUCUAUCACCUGUGUGAGAUGUGAUCCUGAGUUCUGGUCAAAUGAGAGAAGAGAUGCCUGUGUAAAGAAGGAGGCAGAGUUUCUAUCAUAUGAAGAGAUUAUGGGAGCACUGCUCACUGCAGCCUCUUUAUUUGGAACAUGCAUGACUGCUGUUGUGGCAUUCAUUUUCUUCAGAUACAGACAGACUCCAAUUGUCAGAGCCAACAACUCUGAGCUGAGCUUCCUGCUGCUCUUCUCCUUGACUCUGUGUUUCCUGUGUUCUCUGACAUUCAUUGGUCAGCCAUCUGAUUGGUCCUGCAUGCUGCGACACACUGCAUUCGGCAUCACCUUUGUCCUCUGUAUCUCUUGUGUUCUGGGGAAAACAAUAGUAGUGUUAAUGGCCUUCAGAGCCACACUUCCAGGUAGUGAUGUGAUGAAAUGGUUUGGGCCUGCACAGCAGAAACUCAGUGUUGUGGGUUUCACUAUUAUACAAGUUGUCAUAUGUAUCCUCUGGUUGACAAUCUCUCCUCCAUUUCCAUUUAAGAACUUUCAUACAUUCAAGGACAAAAUAAUCUUAGAGUGUGCUCUGGGUUCAGCUGUCGGCUUUUGGGCUGUACUUGGAUACAUAGGACUUCUGGCCAUGUUGUGUUUUUUUCUUGCUUUUCUGGCUCGGAAACUGCCUGAUAAUUUCAAUGAAGCCAAAUUUAUCACCUUCAGCAUGCUGAUAUUCUGUGCAGUAUGGAUCACUUUUAUCCCAGCGUAUGUCAGUUCUCCUGGGAAGUUCAGUGUUGCUGUGGAGAUAUUUGCUAUUCUGGCUUCAAGUUUUGGACUGCUCAUUUGCAUUUUUAUUCCAAAAUGUUACAUUAUCUUACUGAAACCAGAGAAGAACACAAAAAAGAAUAUGAUGGGGAAGGGGGCAACAAAAUCAUCCUGAUCGUGGCAAUUCUAAUAUCAUCCCAAUUGUUACAUAAUAAUUUGCCAGAUAGACAUGGUAGAUAGACAAGUAUGACAUCUUGCUUAAUUUACCUGAAUACUUCCAUUGUAUACUGUAGUAUUAAUGUAAUAUACAAUCAUAAACAUAUAUGUACAUAUACAUAGUGAAAAUAUAUAAUGAUAUUCCUUAUUGGUUUUAUUAUUUAAUACAGUCCAUGCAAUUGUAAUGAAAUAAUAAAAUCCAGUUUUACAGCCAAAAUUAUCUGUCUUACAAAUUUUGGAGGGAGGUGGAGGGGUAUGUUUAACAGCCCAGACUACACCAAGGAAAUCUUUGUGAGAAUGGGUGAGAGGAGUGAAUGAUGGAAAAACAAACUGACUAUAGUUCUAGCAUACAAGACUAA